AUGAGCUGUGAGAGAUAUACAUUCACCCCUCUUAAAGUUAAAGAUGCAGGCGUUGUUACACUUGCCGAGCACGUUUCGGAUCUUGACAUUACAGUCGACUGCUUUGAAUGCUUAAAAUCCCCACCAGCAACACAAAUGCCUCAGAUUACAGUUUCAAGAUCACAGAAAAAUGUUAUUCGUGGUCUUCAUUGCAGCCCACAUCAUAAGCUUGUCCAAUGCCCAACAGGAAAGGCUUUUGAUGUUGUUGUUGAUCUUAGACCAGAUUCACCAACAUUCCUUCAAUGGGAUGGCCAUUGGAUUGAUAGAACACACCAUAUGUUCAUUCCACCAUUCUGUGCUCAUGGUUUCUUCGCUUCCGAAGACGAUACAGCUAUCUUAUAUCUUCAGGGUGGCUGCUUCGCUCCAGAGCUUGAUUUCUCUCUUAACUACCUUGAUAAGACAGUCAAUGUUGACUGGCCAAAGCCAAUUGAUGCCGAUGAUUACGUAAUUUCACCAAAAGAUCGCGGAAAUCCAAUGCUUGAUGAAGCAAUGAUUGAGAAGCUCAGAGAACGUACAAGGAACCCAUUAAUCGGAAGACAGAUCGCUCCAUACGCUGAUUUCGCAGUUGUUGCUCCAUCAAAGGAUAUCGCUCUCCCACUCUUCGAAAGCUUUGAAGAGAAGCAGCUUAAGGUUCACCUUUGCUGCGGAAACGGUAUCUACCGUGAUACUUUCGAAACCGAAAUGGUCGCAUUACGUCCAAAGUACGGUGUUAUCAUGGCUGUUGAUACAAGCAAGGAAAUUGAUGAGACAAUUGUUAGUGUUCUCAACAUCAUGGCUGCUUGCUUCGCUCGUGAACUCCCAUUAGUUGUAUUAUUCGAUGCCCUCAAAUUCAACGGCCUCGAACAGCUUAAGGAUAUCUUCCAGAAGGAAUGCGGAAAGUUCGCUUACUUCGUUACUUGCGAUGGAAAGCCAACAAAGGAUCUCGGUGCUAAGAUCGCUCAGGCAGCUAUUGACGGAAAGGUUGGUUUCUAUGAAUAUACAGCUGGUGAACUUAAGCAACUCUAA